ACAAGGAAGCAGCGCAGGCGGCUACGCGUCACUUCUCCAUGGCAACAGCCAUAUGUCAGCGCUCUAGAGCUUACGUCAGCAGCUAGAAUUCCAAUAUGGCGGCCUAGCUCCAUCAAGGGGGAAGACGCAUCGCCAUGUCCGCCGACGAGCUGUCAAUGUCCGACGGGGAGCCGAUGAGCAGGGAACGCUGGGCUCCGGUCGGGGCGGUGGCGGAUGAAGCGGACGGGAGCGGCGGAGGAGGUGUGGAGGGAGCGGAGGCAGGCCGGCGGCGCUCCGGGUCGGUGUCGCUGGAGAUGGGGGAGAAGCUGCGGCGGCUGGAGGAGGAGCAGGAUCUGCUGAACUCGUCCCUGCUCGCCCUCACCUCGCACUUCGCUCAGGUGCAGUUCAGACUGAAGCAGAUCGUGCGGGCGGAGGGUGCGGAGAAGGAGCGGCUGCUGGCAGAGCUGGAGGACUUCGCCUUCAAGGGCUGCCCCUAUGUGCAGGGGGUGCGGGGGGCGUCAGGGCAGCUGGACGACACGAGUGAAUGGGAGAAGAGGGAACGUAUUGAGGCGCAGAGGAAAAAGCAGCGAGAACUUAUUGUGCAGCUCAAGACACAACUCGAUGAUCUGGAGACGUUCGCGUACCAAGAGGGAAACUAUGACUCUCUACCCCAAUCUAUGGUCAUGGAGAGACAACGGGUGAUCAUCGAUGAGUUAAUAAAGAAACUGGAUGUCAAUUUAAAUGAAGAUAUCGGCUGCUUGUCCCCUGAAGAACUGCGCCAAAGAGUGGAUGCCGCCAUCGCUCAGAUCGUCAAUCCUGCGCGGGUGAAAGAACAACUAGUGGACCAGCUUAAAACCCAGAUCCGAGACCUCGAGAUGUUCAUAAAAUUCAUUCAAGAUGAAAUUGGCAGUCCAGCUGAGAACCCAGUAAGCGGAGCAACAGGGUACACCCCAAGCUCUGGCCCGAAUGCACGGACCAAUGUGAGUCCAGAGCAAGCUAAGCAAAUACGAGAGACGGGCCUACAUCUACUACGCCGGGCCCUGGCCGUCCUGCAGAUCUUCGCUGCGAGUCAGUUUGGUUGCGGCACAGGUCCCGUUCCCCAGAACCUCUGGAAUCAAGAUGAAAGCAACAGAGACUUCACUCCACUGAUUAAGAAGCUAGAAACCUCUGUGGAGAAGGUGAAGCAGCUGUCGCUGCGCCAUCAGCCCCACGAUCACGUCAUCAGCUUCGCCACUCUGCAGGAGAUCGCGCUCGGAGGGAAGGAUGAGCUGACGGUGGCCGUCAGGAAGGAGCUGGCAAUUGCUAUAAGGGACCUCCUGUCACACGGUCUGUAUUCUACAUCUCAAGGGAUGAGUUUGGUUCUUGCACCCAUUGCCUGUCUGAUCCCGGUCUUCACCGCUUCACCUCCUUCUAUGCACCCCUGGGAACUUUUUGUUAAGUACUACAAUGAGAAGAACGGAAAAGCCUUUGUUGACUCUCCUGCGCGUAAACUUUCACAAUCCUUCUCCCUCCCCGUCUCAGGAAGCCAUAAGGUGACCCCCAAGCAGAGCCUCCUGUCCGCCAUCCAUGCCGUCCUAACGGAACACGACCCAUUCAAGCGCGGCGCCGAUUCAGAGUUCAAGGCGCUGAUCUGCAUGGCUCUAAAUGAGCAGCGUCUUGUAUCGUGGCUCAACCUCAUCUGCAAGUCGGGGGUCCUAAUACAAUCUCAUUACCAACCCUGGAGUUACAUGGCCAACAGCGGCUUCGAAAGCGCCCUGAACAUUCUCAGCCGCCUCAGUAACCUCAAAUUCAACCUGCCCGUAGACCUCGCCGUGCGGCAGCUCAAGAACAUAAAAGAUGCUUUUUGAUGCUCAUUAGGGAGAGGUCACAUUUCUACAUCUCGCUGUUAUCAUUUCAGGGGUCUGUAGAGGAACUGGGCUUUAUUUGCAUCCUGUUCUCUUUCUGUAUCUGCCAGUUCAAGGGAAAAACAAGCAUGACUAGGUCUAUGGGGUUCGUAAGUUUUAAAGGGGUACUCCACUGGAAAACUUUAUUAUUAUUUUUUUUAAUCAACUGGUGCCAGAAAGUUUUAUACAGAUUUGUAAAUUACAGAAAUCUCAAAAAGGUGCAGCUCACAACAAAAGGACCGAGGUAGUCAAAGCUAUAACCGGUCCCCACCGGCGUCAAGAAAAAUAAUAAUCAAAUUAAUAGCUUAUUCCUCAAGGGCCUCACCAUCCAAGGUGCAUAUUGAUAUG